UUGGUCCCUAAAGUUCUCAAUAAAAUAUAUAUUUUAAGGUGGUGGCACACACCAUGAUAAACAUUCACCAAUGGUGUGUUUUUAUUACUAAUUUUUUGCCAACUUGUCUCCAAAGGAGAGGAUACUAAAACAAUUCAAGUUGGAGCCGUUCUACCAUUUUAUAUGCGUUUUUAUGACUUUGAGUUCAUCAAAUAUUUCCCCACUUUCUCUUUCUCUCUCUCUCCCCCCACUCUUCCCUUUCUCUGCACUCGAUUUCUCUCUGUUUUCUAUUCGUACUAAGGCUAUGAAUCAUGGGUCUCUCAUUUAUUUAAUAAUCAUAUUAUAUUUAGUUUUUUAAUUCUCCUUUUUUCUUAGUUUAUUCUUCUUCUCUUUUUCAAGUGUUUAUGGCUGGUUUCCCCAAUGGCUCACCUUCAUCAUCUCCCUUUCAUCUUCACCUUCACCAGCCUCAGCUCAACAACCUUCCGGAACCGCCUGAGCCUGAAAAAAAUGAGUGGAACACGGCUCAGUUUCCCUGUGACGGAGAUGUGCUCGCUCGCCGUCCUCGAGGUCGACCACCUGGGUCCAAGAACAAGCCUAAGCCACCGGUGGUGAUUUCAAGAGAGAGUACAAACACGCUUAGGGCACAUAUAUUGGAGGUUGGUCAUGGCUGCGAUGUGUUCCACUCAGUGGCGGAGUACACGGAGAAGCGCCGCUGUGGGAUCUGUAUAUUAAGCGGAAGCGGCAUGGUCACCGACGUGAGUUUGAGACAGCCGGCGGCGGCUGGGGGUGCAGUGGCUUUUCUGCAGGGGCGGUUCGAGAUACUGUCCCUGUCUGGAUCGUUUCUGCCGCGGCCAGCGCCCCCCGGUGCAACUAGCCUGACUGUAUUUCUGGCCGGCAGCCAGGGACAGGUUGUCGGAGGGAGCGUGGUGGGGGGUUUGACUGCAUGUGGGCCGGUGGUUGUCAUUGCGGCUUCCUUUACGGACGUGGCUUAUGAUAGGGUGGGCGUGGAUGGAGAGGAGGGGCUCCUGAUGCAGCCACCGGAAGAUGAGAGUGGCGGUGGUUGUGGUCUUCCCUUGUACAAUUUUCCUGGAAUCAAUAAUUUGAUGGGAGGCUUAGUUGGGAUGCCUGAUCCUAAUCCUAAUUGACCUUAACCCACAAAAUCUCCUUCACCAUGUAAAGUCUCACUUCUUACUUUCUUGUGUUGUUUUUGCUUAAUUUUUUGUCAUUUCAUAUGCCCAAAUUGAUUUAAGUGUUUGAAAUAAUGGCUUGGAAG